AUGUUCCGCUUGUUCGUGGAUCUUAACCAAUGCCGUCACAUCUAUUUUGCAGGUUGCCACGACACCGGCUUCGGCUCUUUGCUGACUCCUUACCGGGGCAGUGACAGAAUUACCCUUAUCAAGGCGGCCUCGUUCCACCGAGAGUUUGAGGACCUAAACCUACCAAUCAGAGAAUUACCCUCUGUAUUCAUGUCUACUCCCCUCGCUGUCACAAAGCCAGCUGCACCAGUUCAGGCGAUCAAUACCAAGGGAAUUUGCAAAUUUGGCGUCGGUUGCAACAAGCAACACGUAUUGCCAAAUCAACAAUUGGCUAAAUCAGCAGAUUCGGAGUCGCCAUCCCCUAAACAAUUGUGGUCCUCUCCGACCGUUGUGGGUCGUUCGCUGGAAUAUCUCACCACCAUGCUGCCUCCGCAUAGCCUGAAAUGCGAGGAGUUUAUCCCCAUCAAUAAGGAUGGUGACCGUCUCGAUACUUAUUGCCCUCACCCAGCUGCCGAGGCCUUUGACGAAUAUCACCGCCGAGCAAAGGAACACAGAGUGUGCAAUAGCUAUCACCUCUCUGGCGAGUGCGGUGAUAUGGGCUGUCAGUAUGACCACAGUGAUGUCUCCAAUACCAUCAUCGAAGUACUCAGAUACAUUCUCCUCCAACACCCUUGCUCACGGGCUGGAGCUUGUCGAUCCAUUAAGUGCUACUUGGGUCACAUUUGCCAAAAGCCUAACUGCAAGGCUGUCAAAAGCUGGCAAUGCCGUUUUAACCACCGCACACACACGCUUGACCUCCAAGUCUCUCAGUGGGUUGCGCCUGUCGACCAAGUCGAUGCUGACGAAGACCAUGACGCCAGUUCAUCUAUCAGUGGCGAGUCUUUCCAGAGCCAAUCGCCGAGCAAUCUAACCUACAUCAUAGCUUAA